AUGCCGAGGGGCUUCCUGGUAAAGCGAACUAAACGGACAGGGGGCUCCUACCGAGUGCGCCUAGCUGAGCGGAUCUUCCCAGUGCUGGGGCCCCAGGGGGCGCCGCCCUUCCCCGAGGAGGCUUCCAGUGCUCCCCAGCCAGGUGCGGAGCAGGUGGCACCCCCCACCCUGGAGGAGGAGGCGUCAGCCCGCGAGCUGUCGGGGUCGUCCUGUCAGGCGGCUAGGGUGAGCCCAGGGGAGGGCGGGCAGGAAGGUGCUGCGGAGUGGAGGGCGGAUGGCAGGGAGGGCCCCGGGCCCAGCCCCAGCCCCACCAAGCCGGCGGGCGUGGAGCUGCGCCGGGCAUUCCUGGAGCGCUGCCUCAGCUCACCCGUGUCUGCAGAGUCCUUCCCCGGGGGUGCCGCCACGGUGGCUGCUUUCUCCAGCUCGGCGGCGCCAGCAGCUGCACCGACCUCCGGGGAGCAGUUCCUGCUGCCGCUCCGGGCACCAUUCCCAGAGCCAGAGUUCCAUCCAGACCCUGCGCCCCUCUCGGUCACCCUGCAAGGCCUAAAGCGGGCCGCUGGCAACGAGCGCCGUGCCAAGGCACCUCCGGGCUGCGCGUCUGGACCCGCGGCCGCCGGAGUCAAGAAGCCAAAGGCCAUGAGGAAGUUGAGCUUCGCAGAUGAAGUGACCACGUCCCCUGUUCUGGGCCUGAAGAUCAAGGAGGAGGAGCCCGGAGCACCGUCCAGGGGCCUGGGGGGCAGCCGCACGCCACUGGGGGAGUUUAUCUGCCAGCUAUGCAAGGAGCAGUACGCGGACCCCUUCGCUCUGGCUCAGCACCGCUGCUCCCGCAUCGUACGCGUCGAAUACCGCUGCCCUGAGUGCGACAAGGUCUUCAGCUGCCCUGCGAACCUCGCCUCCCAUCGCCGUUGGCACAAGCCCCGUCCCGCAGCGGCAAAUGCUGCCACAGUCUCUUCAGCCGACGGGAAGCCACCUCCUUCCUCAGCCUCCCCAGACUCUGGGGCUGUUGCAUCUUUCUUGGCGGAGGGGAAGGAGAACAGCCGGGCAGAGCAAACGGCGGAUCAGCACCUGCAGGCGAGGGACAGCUCCAGGGCGGAGCAGCACCAGGACAGCGCCCCACACCCGGGCCUCCAGGUGUCCCACCCCGAGCCACCGCUGCCUCAGGUCCCCUAUACGGAGGGGAUGUUGGGGCGCCGGGUGCCUGGGCCAGGCAGUGCCAGUGGUGUCGGGGGACCCGAGAUCUUCAUGUGCCCAUAUUGCCACAAAAAGUUCCGUCGCCAAGCCUAUCUGCGCAAGCACCUAGGCACUCACGAGGCAGGCUCUGCUCGUGCACUUGCCCCGGGCUUUGGCUCUGAACACGGUGCCCCGCUCGCCUUCGCUUGCCCGCUGUGCGGGGCCCACUUCCCUUCCGCAGACAUCAGGGACAAGCAUCGGUUGUGGCACGCGGUCCGCGAGGAGCUGCUCCUGCCUGCUCUGGCUGGGGCCCCCCCUGAAGCUCCAAGCCCAGGCGGGGCAUCCGACGGGAGUGCUCAGCAAAUUUUCUCGUGCAAACACUGCCCGUCCACUUUUUUUAGCUCCCCGGGGCUGACCCGGCACAUAAAUAAGUGCCACCCCUCAGAAAGUCGGCAGGUACUGCUGCUGCAGAUGCCGUUGCGGCCUGGCUGUUGA